GUCAAGCAAAAUACCCGUCUUUAGUUUGUAAUCAGCAGCCUCAAGCUCAAGAUGAAGCUAUGCUACUGUGCGGUUGUGAUUUUUGUUCUAAUCAGCGACGGGGGAGCACAGAGCUACUCGGUUCCCGAGGUUGAAUUUGAAUAUUUGAGACCGAUGGGCUUCAGAGCUAGUAUACCAGAUACCCCCGGUGUGCGAUUAUUUGCAUUUCACGCCCGUUUCAACAAGCCAUUUCUACAGUUCGAGCAAGGUGAUAUGAGUGAUGAUAUUAUAGAACCAAUCGGAGAUCGAUGGGUGUUCCAAACUACGAAAGUUAGUUUAUUAGAAGGGCACUACAUUUACUAUUGGUAUUACAUUCAGCAUGAAGACAAGGGUUAUGUUAUAUCAAAUAAAAAACACAUGGUGAGAAAGGAUCAGAAACCAACAACUACAACUACAACAACCACAACAACAACAACUACUACUACUACUACCACUGUAAAACCCAAAACUACAAAGCCGACUCCGUCGUCGAAAACGGUGAUUAUGACUCAUCCCACCAAGGCUAGCUCGGCUUCAUGUGGACCUACAGAAACCACCGUAAAUGGAGAGGCCUCAUGCGCCGGCAAGUUAAUCUUCGAGGACACCUUUCAGACGCUGGAUCUGAAAAAAUGGCAACGUGAAGUUCGAAUCCCAUUGGAUACGGAGUCGGCGGAAUUCGUGUCCUACCAAAGCUCGGAGGAGAACAGCUACGUCGUUGGAGGUCACCUUUUCAUCGUUCCCACCGUGCUCAACAUGCAGCCGGAGUUCAACGAUGAACGCAUUCGUACUGGCGAGUUAAUCUUAUCCGGCUGCAAAUCACCCACCAACAAUGAGUAUGAAUGCCGCCGGAAGGCGGCUCUUUCCAGCAUCCUACCGCCGGUCGUGUCAGCCAAGUUGAACACCAGAGGCAGCUUCCGCUUUCGGUAUGGCCGGGUGGAGAUCCGAGCCAAGCUGCCUAAAGGCGACUGGAUAUUUCCACAAUUGCUACUCCAACCAUGGGAAAACUACUACGGGUAUGCUGAUUUAGGCUCUGGUUUGAUGCUAGUAGCGCUCAUUCUGUCCAACGAUCAGCUUGUCACCCGCGAGGGCGCCCAAGCCGAUGGACAUCGCUUGCGGGGCGGAGCCAUCAUCAGCAACGUACCAAAACAUCGCGAGGCCUUCAUGAAGGCAAACAUCCUCGAUGAGCACUUUAGCGAUAAUUUUCACACCUACGGAUUAACCUGGAAACCGGAUAGUAUAGCGCUGUCCGUCGAUGGAUUUCAGUAUGCAACGUUAAGAAACAAAUUUAGGGAUUACGGAAUUAGCAAUAAUUUAACUCAGGCUAAGCUGUGGAAUGUGAAUAACACGAUGUCCCCCUUUGAUCGGGAGUUUUACAUUUCUCUUGGAGUGGGCGUUGGAGGCGUUCGAGAUUUUCCUGACUUCAGCAAAAGUGGACCGUUCGGCACGCCGAAGCCGUGGAAUAACACAAGUCCGAAGGCGGAAUAUUUUUUCUAUCAAAAUCGCAACGUUUGGUACCGAACAUGGACCGAUCCGGAACUGAAAGUGGAUUACGUACGUGUGUACGCACUGUAAUGUUGCGAAUAAGUUACGCCCCGAUCUAGCAGCAUUUCUGAACUAUUCUAUUUCUGUUUCUGCUGAACAACUUUAGUACGUAUAUUCGUAGUUUAAAACAAAUGCUUCAGAUAUCAAUGAAUAUGAUAAUAAAAGAUUUUAUUUAAUACUUAGAAUACUUAGAUUGAAUAAGUGGUUGGUAGUAGGCAUUACCACUUUAAAAAUGGCUUCAAGCACAGGUAGACAUGUGUGUUCUGCUACUAGCCACAAUAAGUUUAAUUCAACUUUUCAUUGGUUGACAGCAGCCACAAUAUGUAAGUUUGUUGUGCUACCCCACACAGACUUUAGGUUUGGCUUCUAAAACUAAACCUCAUGCAGGCAGCCUGAGUUGAGAAGAAAAGUGUUAUGAAAAGACGACUUAACAAUUUUCAGAACUGAUCUGGAUGGCUUCAGUCGUAUCUCGAUACUGCUCACACACAUUUCUCGUGCUACUUUCAAAAUUAUUUAUCAUUUUUAUUUUUAUAUUUCUUAUACUGAGUGAUAAAAUGUAGUGCCUAGCUCAUAGUGUCUCGAUUUGCUCCCAUUUAUUUGGUUCAAAUAGAAGUAAACAAACCGUAA